AUGGGGUAAUCAAUAUUUUCAAAUGUUCAGCCGUCGAUGUUUCAACCCUUAGGAAGCAAUUAAAAUUCUAAUCUACCUGCUGGAGCAGAACUUUGUGCGAUUCAUAGUUUCCCUUUGACUUAGCUCUGCAAGGAUUGUGAAGAGGCAUUUAUAUGUGAAGUUUGUGGAGUUGAUGGCGAACAUAAAUAUCAUUAGGUAGUGAACUUGAGGCCAGUUAUUAUUGAUAUGAUGAAGAGAUUCGACGAUAAUUUCAAAAUAUUUGAGGAGUAGUUUAUUAAAGUCAAGGAGGCCAGAGUCUCAGAAUACAAGAUUAAGAUUUUCCAAGAUACUGAUGAAUUCUUCCAAAAAAUAAGAAUGAUUAUAGAUUACCAUCAUUAAGCGAAACGACAAGAAGUGGAUGAUAUAUUUAAGAAAUUAAAGAUUGAAGAUUUAUCAGAUCUCUAAAAGUAUGCAGAUUUGUAUGGAAACGUAUCAAAAGCUAUGCAAGACAUGCAAAACUAAUAUAAAGAUCUAGCAUUCUCGAGGAUAUAUCUAAAUAGAGAAUCAAUCAAGAAGAUAGACAAAGCUAUUGUAGACAUCUCCGUUCAUUUAAAAUAAUCUCACUAAACAUAUGAAAAUAAGUGGAGAUAACUUUUCAAAAUACAAAGGAAUGACCUUGUUAUCGAGAAUAUAAUAAAGUCAUUUAUUGAUUAAAAUUUUAAAACAUUGGGUGCUCUAGCUAAUCCACAAAGACAACUAGAUGCUGAAACAUAAAGAAAAUGUGAAGGCGUCAAGUUUGAUAUUGAAGUUAUUGAACUAAUCAAUGUUAAUAAUGACUAUAUGAAGCCUGAAGAAUAGAAAAUUAUUUUGAAUAGUUUAAAGGGAAUGUACGAGGGGACAAAAAGUUUGAUCCUAAAUUAUGGUCAGAUUACUGAUUAUGGUAUAGAAGUUAUUGCUGAAGCUCUUAAAUAUAACUCUUCUGUUCAUAAAAUUGACCUUAAUACCAAUAAGAUAACAGAUUUGGGUUUGAUGAAAUUAUCAGAAGCAUUGCAGAUUAAUAAGACUCUUGAAUCUCUGAGAUUAAGCUUUAAUAGAGUUAAGGACAAGGGAUGUGAGUAUUUAUAUGAGGGACUUAAAGACAAUAGAACUGUGAAUACUCUUUAUAUUGACAAUAAUCUCAUAAGCAAUGAAGGUGCUAGAUAUAUUUCAAAGCUAAUUGCAGUCAAUUAAGGACUAACUCAUCUAUACAUAGAGGGUAAUUCUAUUGAAGAUGAGGGUGCUGAUUUUUUCUCUUAAAGUAUAAGAAGAAAUAAAACAUUAGAGUAUCUUUAUCUUAAUAAUAACAGGAUCAGUAAUCCUGGAGCCUAUAAGAUUGCCAAUGAACUAGCAACCUCUAAUACUUCAAUUAAAGGUGUGAUUCUCUAUAACAAUUUGAUCGGGGAAAGCUAAAAAGAAGAAUUAAAAAAGAUGUGUGGAAAUAGACUAUGUCUCUUUAACCCCUUAAGCUGA